ACGUCUUCUCGAGCAUCUAGCCCAACCUCGGUGGCCGCCAAUCCACGGGCCUUCUGGCGGCUAUGUCGACGACCAGCGAUACCCCUUCGAAAGGCCGCUCUUCGUCGGACUCGCACAAGACCGAGCCGGCCGCUGCGGAAAACGUAACCGCCGCGGAAAUCGCCGUCUCUCCCAGCCCCAGCGCACAGCCGACCACUGAGCUCAAGUCCGCCGCCGGCGGCGGGAAGAGGCACAAGCAGCGGAGUCGACCUGCCAGUCCACGACGGUUAAAGCGCACGAAGUCCAAGAAGCAGCCGCGGGAUGGCGCCAGCGCUGACGCCGGGGCCACGCAGUCCGAGGUUGCGUCCUGCGUCAGCGUCGCGGCGACGCUCUGCUCUCCCCUGUACUCCCAGGAUACCACGGCGGUUCAGCAGCAAACGGCCAAUCUCACUUUGGAAUCGUGCCCGCUCAUUCGACGGUCGGUCUCAGCUGCCAGCAACGACCCUUUCGCGAAGCUAUCGACCAGUGACAGCACUCAUUCUUCCGGCCAGAAGGAGCCCUCGAAAAGAGGCGACCAGCCACCGGCUUCAGGUGCACCUUCGAGAGCCGAAGUGGGACAGCCCGAGGCAUCGAUUCCAGUUGCGGUUCCAGUCGAGAGGCCUGCAUCAAAGUCGAUGCCGGUUCCAUCUUCGUCCCCGGCUGCCCACAAAGUCAUGCUUCUGUAUCCGGCUUCUUCGCUGACCAGUCAGGGCGGUGCCGGCAGGGAUGCCAACGCGGCUGCAACGAGGGCGCGUAACGCCGAGGCUGCGUCUUCCGAAGUUGCGACCGUCAAGAGCGAAUCGGCGCCGCUCAGCCGCCGACGAGAGACGUCCCUGCCGAACCUGAUGGCUGUGCCCGGCAAAUCCGCUAUGGCUGGACGUCGCACGCCGUCGCUCUCCAUGGACAAGCGCGCCCGCUUCCGCGAUGCCCCCAUCAUCGAACUGGUGCUGCUGAGUCUGACGCAGCUUUCGUCCGGCAAGAGGAACGCGGCGCUGACACUGACGGCGGCGGCCGCCGCGUCGGCAACCAUCGUGCUGGCCGCCAUCAUAGUUUACGCGCUGUUCGUGCAUUCAGACGCGGAGGAAGACGCGCCGGAGCCCGCAGGCUGCACCAGCUCCGACUGCCGACACCACGCGGCGCUCAUCACCAACCGCCUCAACCUGAGCCUGGACCCGUGCCACGACUUCGCCGCGUUUGCCUGCUCGGCCUGGUCGCCGCCGCCGACGUGGCUGCACCGGGAGUUCCCUUCGGCGCGCGACGACGUCGUGCUCGCCUGGGCGCGCGACUUCGAGAACACCCUGGUCACGGGCUCCAGAUACCUCCCAACAGGCGAGAUGGCUAAGCUGAUGUUCCGCGCCUGCGCGUACGACACGACGGCCCAGCGCGACACAUCUGCUCUGCGGGUGCUGAGGCGAUUCAUGACCCAGCGGGGCAUCCCUUGGCCCUCGAAGCUGUCCUCUCCGACAGUCAGGCCUUUGGGCGUACUCAUCGACCUGGCGUUCAAGUGGCAAGUGCCUCUAUGGUUUACCGUGCGCUUCGCUCGCAGAAGCGCGAAGCCGGGCGGCAGUCCACCGGCUGUGAUCAUUGGGCCGAGCUCCUAUACACUCGUCUGGUUCAGUCUGCACAGAGAUAUCGUCAGGAGGGGCUCCUUUGAACACCACUGGCGCAGGCUGCACGAUGCCCUGUCCGACAGCUCGAACGCCAGCGACUUCAGCGCCCGACGCGCCCAGAACAUGGCCGAUGUCGAUUCGACGGUGCUGGGAGAGUUGGCCAACGCUCUGACCAAUGGCAGUAGACCCAGCGACGACGUGGCGCUGCGAUACGUGAGCCAAGAGUACACGCCGAACAUCAGCUACACCGAGUGGCAGCGUCAGCUCCAGAAACAUGUGCUGCCCGUCAUCGACGGCAACCACCUGCUGCGUGUUUCCAACAGCGCCAUCCUCAGUGCCACCGAUGGGCUCUUUUCCCGGUUCACGGAGGCCACGCUGCUCGAGAACAUGGGCUGGUUCUUCGCCCGGCUGUUCGCACCGCUCGCUGACCCGUCACUGCUCCGCGACCGGCACGGGGCACCCCACACCGGGGAAGAAGAGCUCUUCUGCGCAGCCCAGGUCGAGGCGCUGUUCCGGCUGCUCGUCAUCUCGCUCUACACGGUGCCGCGCUUCUCGCCAACGCUGCGCGAAGAAAUCAACCAGCUUCUUCACGCCAUCCGCGAGAUGGUAGCGGAUAAAGUGAGCGCGCUGGCUUGGCUGGACGAGGCGUCUAAACUACGCGCCGAAGAGAAGCUCCGCGAGAUGGGCACCGUGCUGUGGCCCCCCGAUAACAUGAUGGAUAAUGUGGGACUCGCGGUACUGUACUCCAAGUUCAGGCAGCCGAGCGGCCCGUCCUGGACGGUCGUGGACGCCUGGGUCCAAUACAGGGAAGCGAUCAACGAUCUGGAGCAGGAGGAGCGCGACAUGGUGCUGCAGCUGCCGGCUAACAUGGAGCUACCACUCGUCGAGUACGACUACCUACGCAACGAGGUGCGCGUGUCGGUGCAGGCGCUGUCGCGGCCUGUAUUUUACUUCGAGGGUACGCGUGCCAUGUUCUACGGUGGUCUGGGCUUCCUAUACGCCGCCGAGGUCGUCCGAGCGUUGGACGCCGACGGCGCGAGACGCGAUGCCAGCGGCGUGCUUGUCACCAACGGGUCCUGGCUGUCACCCACGUGGACCGAAGCCGUCGCGGACCGCGAAGAGUGUCUACCAGAGUCCGGUGGUUUCUUCCCAGAGAUCCCAGCCGUCGAGGUGGCCUACGCGUCCCUCGAGAAGGCACUGGUAUCCUCCGGCGAGCGGCUGCGCACGGCUCGCUCAGCCUUCUCCCAGCGCCGGCUCUUUUACGUGACCUUGUGCUACUUGAUGUGCACGAACCAGACGCUCCAUCCGCAAAGACGUCCGUUUGCAGGCGACUGCAACAAGGCGGUGGCCAACUUCCCGCGUUUUGCCGAGGACUUCGGGUGCAGCACGGACGCCAGGAUGAGGCGCGAGAGGCCCUGCGUGUUCUUUGGCUGAGCGCGCAUAUGUUUCUGUGCGAUAUUACAGUACGGUACAGCUCGGGUACACGUUGUGGGCCGGCAGGUAUUCGUGUACGCUUCAUGUUUCGUACAGAACGCUAACGUCACGUUCAAAUUGCCCGAGAGUGACUCAAUGAACAUCAGCGAUUUUCUUUGCGCUUGUGUGAGUUCGUGCUUAUCGUCACUUUUUCACUCUCGUCGUUGUAUCUUUUCAUGUACUGCUUGUGAGGAACUGUGGACGUGUACCAUGUGUACUCCUGGCUUAU